GCGGAAGAGGCGAUGGCGGCGGGGCUGCUGCUGGCGGCGCUGGGCGCGGCGCUGGGUCUCUUCGCCUGGGCGGGGAAGAUGAAGAUCGUGGAGGAGCCGAAUACGUUCGGGUUGAAUAACCCAUUCUUGCCUCAAACAAAUAGGCUGCAGCCAAAGAUGUCCCCGUCUGCAGUAUCAGGCCCUGCACAUCUCUUUAGGCUUGCUGGCAUGUGCUUCAGUUUUGUGGAAUCCACGUACAAGUAUGAGUUUUGUCCUUUCCAUAAUGUCACUCAGCAUGAGCAGACUUUUCGAUGGAAUGCCUAUAGUGGGAUUUUAGGAAUCUGGCAUGAAUGGGAAAUUGACAACAACACAUUUGUUGGAAUGUGGAUGAGAGAAGGAGACUCCUGUGAAACUAAGAGCAGACAGACAAAGGUUCAUCUUGUUUGUGGAAAGAGCAAUAAAUUGGCUUAUGUGUCUGAGCCAAGUACUUGUGUUUACUCUCUGACAUUUGAGACUCCUCUCGUGUGCCAUCCCCACUCAGUUUUAGUUUAUCCAACUCUGACUGAAGCACUGCAAAGGAAGUGGGAUGAAGCAGAGCAGCUUCUGUACGAUGAACUAAUAACUGACCAGGGUUACAAAAAAAUUCUGAAAGAGAUUUUUGAGGAAGCAGGACUUCUAAAAGCAACAGAAGAAAACGAAGUUGGAAAACAGAAUAAGAAAAUAACUCUGGAAUUUGAAACAGUGGAAAAGUGCAGUAAGGAAUACAAGCAACUUUCCGAAGAAAUAAAAAAACUUAGAGUUUUAUUAAGUCAGCAUGGUAUUGCAUACAGAGGAAAUUCUGGUGAGAUUUUUUUUUUUAAUCAUUCUUUUCCAUGUUGUCUGCUCAGAAUGUGAAUACCCUAAUGCUGUUUCCAGUUACAGCAACAGUCAAAUAAUCUGGCAUAUAUGGAGGUAAAAUUUAGUAGACAAAAUUUUUAAUAACUAAAAUCUUUGUAGUUCAAAGCAGAGAGGGAGAUGUUGAAGUCAGUAAGUCAGGAGUCUCUCUGAUUUUUUUCAAAGAGAAAUCAGAGUGCAGGGACUGAAUUAAAGCCUUCAAAUAAAAUGAGUGAGUAUAUGGAGUAAGUGAGAAAGUAAGUGGAAUAAAUGUUAAGUGCUUUUAGUGAGUAAAAGGUCUUAGAUGCCUGAGAAGUAGUACAUGUUCUAAUAAAGGUUAAAAAACAUAUUAGUGUUUUUAGAGGAUUUAAGACCUUAGUUUCAGACAUAAUAAAGUUAAAAAU